GUGAAGGUGCCCUUAGAAUCCAGUGGAGGUGCCAUCAUUCGACCCGUAGAGCCUGUUGUGCGGUUGCGGAGAAUUUCAGUACCAGUAGGUGACUGUUCACAGACGGACUUGCCAGAAAUAGUGAACACUAAAAAUGUUGGGAAGGGUAAAGAAGAACAAAUAACUAAAAAUUCUAAUCAUGAUGGAGCGGGGCCAGCUGAAUGUGACAAUGACUUAAAAAGCCACUGUAUGAGAUCAAAAUCAGCUGAGCAUAAGUAUUACUGUUCUGCUUUGUGGCAUGAACAAAAUACCAAGAAAAUUUCUCAGACAGACAUAUGUUUAAAACUUAAGUGCUCAGGAGUAAGUUUUGAUACAAUAGAGAAUAGUUUGAAUGAAGAUAUCCAAGCCGUUGGUGACUAUUUAACUAAAGAUAAAACUCAAAGGACAGGUAACACAACACCGGAGCCUGACACUCUGUCCGUAAUUAAUGCAAAAUCCUCCAAUGAUGGAAGUUUAACAGGCUCCCUAAAUAUUGGCUCUGAUUGUGCCAAAAAUAUCCACUCAAAUGGAGCAAAUGAUUGUGUCUAUGUUCAGAAUAUUCCAAAAUUCCCUGAUAAAGGGCAUGAGAAAAAUGUUAUAAUUGAGAGAAAUUAUGAUGAUGAUGAGGAGUGCAUGGAACCUAGUGGAGAGUCAGAUGACUUUUACAUUGUCAAGGAAUCAAGUGACCAUGAGCUUGAUGAUUCUGAACUCAGCGAGGAGGAACCUAAUGUCAGCAGUGACAAAGAACCUAAUAACAGCAGUGAGAAGGAACCUAAGAACAGCACUGAAAAGGAACCUAAGAACAGCAAUGAAAAGGAACCUAAGAACAUCGGUGAAAAGGAACUUAAUAACAGCAGUAAGAAGGAACCUAAUAACAGCAGUGAAAGG